UUAAAGGCCUGUUUGGUUUUUCGCUGGCUGCUUGGCGACUUCUACAAAGCUCACUAACGCUUCAUUUCUCGUUCUAUCCGCCUCUUGCUCUCUAAAAGCAAAGCUCCACCCUUUUAUCUAUACUUCGCAUUUCAACUCCCCAAACUCUGUCUUCCUUGUUCUUUCUCAGCGACGUGGUCACCGUUCCUUGCAUUUCCCGGUAACCAUGUCACAGUCUCUCCAUUUCUUCACUCCAACAACUCGCUCCCCAAACCUCACUUUCCCUAAGCAGCCUCUCACUAAACCACCUCUCCCUGCCUCCAAUUUUCGGUUGCCGGUGAAUUUUGCUCCCAAAUCUAUCUCCGUCAGGGCCUCCGCUUCAUCAGAUCCCAACUCUGCGCCGUCAUCUCAAGUAUUGGUUUCUAGUAAUGGUACAGGAGGCGGCGUCUUGGCGCCGGAGUAUACUUCCUUGGCAGUGGCCGAUGUGAGUUCGAUUGAGGUGGAUGCGGUGACGGAGGCUGAAUUGAAGGAGAAUGGGUUUAGGAGCACCAGGAGGACGAAGCUUGUUUGCACGAUCGGUCCGGCCACAUGUAGCUUCGAGCAGCUGCAGGCACUGGCAGUUGGGGGCAUGAACAUGGCGAGGAUUAAUAUGUGUCACGGAACCCGCGAGUGGCACAAGAGCGUCAUUGAGCGAGUUAGGAGACUUAAUGAGGAGAAGGGAUUUGCUGUGGCUAUUAUGAUGGAUACUGAAGGAAGUGAGAUUCACAUGGGCGAUCUCGGUGGAGCUUCCUCUGCCAAAGCUGAGGAUGGUGAAAUUUGGACUUUUAGUGUCAGAGCCUUUGACUCACCUCGUCCAGAGCGCACUAUCAACGUGAACUAUGAUGGUUUUGCUGAGGAUGUGCAAGUUGGGGAUGAACUCCUUGUGGAUGGUGGGAUGGUACGGUUUGAGGUGAUUGAGAAAAUUGGUCCAGAUGUAAAGUGUCGAUGUACUGAUCCUGGACUGUUACUGCCACGGGCUAAUUUGACUUUCUGGAGGGAUGGGAGUCUAGUGCGAGAACGUAAUGCUAUGCUCCCCACAAUAUCCUCUAAGGAUUGGAUAGACAUCGAUUUUGGCAUCUCAGAGGGUGUUGAUUUUAUUGCAAUAUCAUUUGUCAAGUCUGCUGAAGUGAUUAAUCAUCUCAAAAGCUACAUUGCUGCACGGUCUCGUGACACUGACAUAGCUCUCAUUGCAAAGAUAGAGAGUGUUGACUCGUUGAAAAACUUAGAGGAGAUCAUUCAAGCAUCAGAUGGAGCUAUGGUAGCAAGAGGAGAUCUGGGUGCGCAGAUACCGUUGGAACAGGUCCCAUCGGCCCAGCAAAAAAUCGUGCAGCUCUGCAGGCAGCUAAAUAAGCCAGUCAUUGUUGCCUCUCAAUUACUUGAAUCUAUGAUUGAAUACCCUACACCCACCAGAGCUGAAGUAGCUGAUGUUUCUGAAGCAGUUAGGCAGCGGGCUGAUGCUUUGAUGCUCUCUGGUGAGUCAGCCAUGGGCCAGUACCCAGAGAAGGCAUUGGCUGUUCUCAGAAGUGUCAGUGUAAGAAUUGAGAAGUGGUGGAGAGAAGAGAAACGCCAUCAAGCUAUGGAACUACCGGCUGUAGGAUCUGCAUUUUCCGACUGUAUUUCUGAAGAGAUUUGCAACUCUGCUGCCAAGAUGGCUAACAAUUUGGCGGUGGAUGCUCUUUUUGUCUAUACAAAGAAUGGUCACAUGGCAUCUCUCUUGUCUCGUUGCCGACCUGACUGUCCAAUCUUUGCUUUCACAACCUCAGCAUCUGUAAGGAGACGCCUGAACCUACAGUGGGGCCUGAUACCUUUCCGCCUGAGCUUUUCAGAUGAUAUGGAAAGCAACCUUAAUAAAACCUUCUCCUUGCUCAAGGCUAGAGGAAUGAUCAAAUCAGGUGACCUUGUUAUAGCUGUUUCAGACAUGCUACAGUCCAUCCAAGUCAUGAAUGUUCCUUAGAUUUCAUUUUAAAUUGUUGUUGCCUGUUAGACUGUUUUAUCUAUAUUAUUUGAUAUGUGGACUGGUUCUACAAUUUGGUUACUGCUGGAAUACUCUUAUUGCCGUACUGCAGCAAAACUUGGAUUAGAUUCCACUUGAGCAACUGAGACUUUUUGGCUGGUGAACGGCGACUUUAUUGUUUAGAGUGAGAGUGAUAUAUUGCAAAAUGUACCAAUGGAGAUAGAGCUGUAAUUAGGAACAAUGUACUCUUGUAGUAUUUUGUUGUUUAGCAACUCGACUUUUCCACAAAUGCUUAGACCAAGAAUAAUCUACAAACACUGUUGGCAGAUUAUUUAAGCUA